UGAAAACGCGUGUUGACGGUUUCCUYCGUUUUCCCUCCUCGCUAUCGAAGCUAGCUGUUGUGUGUUUGUUCAUGUUGGUUUUUUAAACACUUCCAGCACCAGAGCCGUUUUAAACUGUCGGCUUUGAGCUCUCCAGGAGGAGGACACWGAACUGUUGCUGCAGACUGCUUGAAGAGGUCUUAUGAGGUCCUUCUAGCAGGUCAAGAUGUUCAACAACUCAUUUGGGACCCCCUUCGGUGGGGGGACAGGGGGCUUCGGCACGUCGUCCACCUUUGGUCAGCAGAAUGCAGGCUUUGGGACAGCUGGAGGCUUUGGGACGUCUGCGUUUGGAGCCACCACCAACACAGGAGGACUGUUUGGAUCCACUCAGACU